AUGGAAUGGAAUAAUAUGGAGGAAAUGGAAGAAAAAAUAUGUGUUAAUAAUAACUACUACGUCAUCGAGAUGCCAGAAGAUGAAAUAAUAAAAGACUACAAAAGACCCUUCCGCGUCUACUGGAACGUACCGACUGUACAGUGUAAAUCUAGGAAAGUGCUAUUCGAGAACCUAUAUGAAAAAUAUGGUAUCAUUCAGAACGAUGGUGACAAUUUCCGGGGUGAAAAGAUAACUAUUUUGUAUGAACCUGGGACUUUUCCAGCCAUACUUAAGAAUGAGACAAGUGGAAAAUACAGGUUCAGAAAUGGAGGAGUGCCGCAGGAGGGAAAUUUGGAUGAGCAUUUGAAGGCGUUUAAGGAAGAUCUGGAGGAAAUUGUACCUGAUCCCAAUUUUGAUGGUAUCGGCAUCAUAGACUUCGAAUCCUGGAGGCCUGUCUUCCGUCAAAAUUUCGGUACACUAGUUCCAUACAAGGACGUCUCUUACGAGAUUGAGAGGAAACUGCACUGGUGGUGGCCGAAGAGUUGGAUAAAUACUGAGGCGGAAAAACGGUUCGAGACAGCAGCAAGGCAAUUCAUGCAGACUACUCUGUCAAUUGCUAAGCAGAUGCGGCCUAAAGCGUCAUGGGGAUACUAUGGUUUCCCUCUCUGCUUCAAUAUGGCAGCGCCAAAUAUGAAGGAGAACUGCUCGCCACAGAUCCAGGCUGAAAACGACUUAUUAUAUUGGAUGUGGUCAGAGAGCUCAGCGCUGUAUCCAUCGGUGUACAGUACACGAAAUCUAACAACUAGUCAACUGGGGUCGCUGAUUCAAGGUCGGGUGAGAGAAGCUAUUCGAGUCAGACGACACAACUCACCUGUACUGCCGUACUACUGGUUUAGAUAUCGAGAAGGAGGGUAUAUGACAGAAAAAGAUGUAGAUAUUGUUUUAAAGUCCUUCUACAAUUCAAAUGCAUCUGGAUUUAUUAUAUGGGGAAGCUCAAAUGACGUGAACACCUUAGACAAAUGCAAAAAUCUUCACUCAUACGUAGAAACAAUCCUGGGCCCAGCAAUAUCAAAAUACGUUAAAAAAAUUAACAUUGCCAACGAUGCAAUCAUUGAAACGCCUCCAGACCUCACGGUUGAGAAUGAAUUUCUAACCACUAUUGGUGCUGCAAAUCAAACAAAUAUUGUUGAACCAGAAAACAACACAAGUACAUCAAAAGUAGUAAUAGACCCAGAACUAGUGUUUAUUCCACCGUUGAACUACACUCAAGACAUAUCUAAGAACGUUGAAGAGGAAUUAAUAAAGAAAGGUUAUAAUAAAUCAGAUGAAAUAACUGAUAUUGAAACGUUAAACGACAGUACAGUAGUUGACAUGAUAUUUAAUGCAUUGAUAAAAUCUGAUAAGAAUGAUGCAAGUGACGGUGAGUUGCAAACUGAGAGAGGCGUAAAGAACGAAACACAUCUCACUAGUAUAAACAACAACUUAGUAACUACCGAAGCACCUAUUAUUAAAGAUUUAGACACACUUAAUUCUUUGAUUACUAAAGACCCAAUGGGUUUUAUUGAGAAACUUGCUGAUGAAGAAAAAAAGAUAGGAUUUCUUGAUGAUCCUUUGACUACAAAAGAGCCUAUAAAUGACAAAGAAGUAGUAGGUCUGGUAACUAAAUCCUCGCUUGAUGGAAACUUGCUUUUUAAAGAAAAUCAAGUUUUAUCUGAAAAAGACAGCUUAUUUGAUGGAGACAUAACAACGAAUGCGGAAAAUAUUGACCCGACAACAUCAAUAAAUAAAUUUUCCGAACAAAAGCAGAAUAAGUUUGAAGAUAAUACUGUUCCAAUUGGUAAUGACGACAUCUUUAUAGAUAGCUUUGAUGCUUUAUUUAAUGCUAACUACAAACUGGAAGAUGAAAAUAGUAACGAAUAUAUUAAAAGUGAACCAAACGAAUUCACAACUCUUAAAACAGAUAUAAAAUAUACAAAACAAGAUGAUUUAACAAACAAAAAUGAUCUUAAGAACAUCACAACAGACGAGUAUAUGGCACAUUUAGAUGAAAAUUUUACUAAAAUGUCUACACAUACAGAAGAAAAUUCACAAAGACUAUUUCUAGAAACAAAACCUACAACUGAAAUCAAUUUAUCUAACACGUCAGAAAACGAUCAUGAAGUAACUUUAUUAUCAGAAAACAUUUUUAGCAAUCAAACAGAUUUGAAUGAAUUUGAUGAUCUUUUGCUGCCAAUCACAAAUACUACUGAUUUAGAUGUUGAAUCAUCAACACAGUAUGAUAACACAGCGUUUGACAACAACGAAGACAAUUUAAUAUUAUUAGCAGUAAAUCUAACGAACCAGUCUAUUAGUGAUAAUUAUUUAAAAAUAAGCGAACAGACAACAGAAAGUGAUCCAAGUACUUUAAGUGAUAGUGUUGUGUUGGAAAGUGAUGAAUUUAUUUUAAACAACAAUAAGCAAAAAAGUUUUAGUGAAAACGAAACAUUUACAACAGACGCUGCUACAGAUCAGGUGAAAGUACCUUCCAGCUUCGCUUCGGGGUUCGACAAUAAGUCUAUAUAUAUUUAUAUAUGUAUUCGACUUUUAUAUUUUUUAAUAAUAUUUUUAUCAACAACAUGUUCUGAUAUAACAAUUAUAUCAUUUAACAGAAAUGUGUAUUUUUUAGCGUGACAUUCAAAAUGACGAUAAUAAUACAAUUUGUAAACGUUAUCAAAAAUUAUUUCGUGCUACUUUAUUGUAGGAAGUAAGUAAAAAAUAUUGUCUAUGCUAAUGGAAGUCAAACU